UCACUGGGCUGGCGCGCGCCUGCACGAGCUACGCCAAGCUGCGCCCAGACUCGGGCAGAUGACUUCGCUCUGCCCUCGCCCCGUGCUCGGCUACCGCUUCUUUCCGUCUUUGCUCAGCUCGGUGUUUAACGGCGCGCGCCGCGCACGGCCCGGGGCGGAGGCCGCGGGGCUGUCCGGGUCAGGCCCGCCCCUGGACCCCACCCUGCGGGGAUCCGUGCUGCUCCCGGCGCUCCGGCUGCUCUCCAGCGGCCGCAAUCUGAGCCGAAGUGGCCGCGGCUCCAAGGCACAAGUCGUCUCCCCCAGCAAGCGGGCCCGGGCCACGGAGGUGGGCGAUAUGCGUCUCCGCUUUGCCCGGCUCUCGGAGCACGCCACAGCCCCCACCAAGGGGUCCGCGCGCGCCGCGGGCUACGACCUGUACAGCGCCUAUGAUUACACAUUACCACCGAUGGAGAAAGUGCUUGUGAAAACUGACAUUCAGAUAGCCCUUCCUUCUGGGUGCUAUGGAAGAGUGGCUCCUCGUUCUGGCUUGGCAGCAAAACACUUCAUAGAUGUGGGAGCUGGUGUCAUAGAUGAAGAUUAUAGAGGAAAUGUUGGUGUUGUCCUGUUUAAUUUUGGCAAAGAGAAGUUUGAAGUCAAAAAGGGUGAUCGAAUUGCACAGCUCAUUUGUGAACGGAUAUUUUACCCAGAAAUAGAGGAAGUUCAAGUUUUAGAUGACACUGAAAGGGGUUCAGGAGGCUUUGGUUCCACUGGAAGUAAUUAAAACUUCUGCCAAGAACAGGAAAUGAGAAUGUACUUUUUUCUUGAAAAUAAAGACUUUGCUUAAAGUGU